AUGAGUGUAGAACAGUUGGAAGCAAAUUCAGAUUGUAGAGGAGUUGAAGACAUAUCCUUGCUGUCACAUUCAAAAUCCGUGGAUGACGUUUACAUUCCCCAAGUGGCCGAAAACUGCAAACCAAAGGUGUCUAGAAGAGCUUAUGGAUGUUUUGGUGAUGUAGUUGUAUUUGAUACAACUUACAACACUAAUCAAUAUGGUAUGAUAUUUGCACCCUUGGUGGGGGUGAACAAUCAUGGUCAAACGGUGCUUUUUACAUGUGCCUUUUUAAGUGAUGAAAAAACGGAAUCAUUUGUUUGGUUGUUUGAGCUAUUAAAGGAUAGCAUGCCGACGAACAACCCAAAAAUAAUCAUUACCGAUCAAGAUCCUGCAAUGACAAAGGCUAUAGUUCAGAGCUUACCGAAUAUAUUUCAUAGGUAUUGUAGUUGGCACAUACUUGAGAAGUUCUCUACGUAUUUAAAUGCGAUCACCUAUAGAGAUUUUUAUAAGGACUUCCAACAAUGCAUUUGGGAGUCAGAAUGCCCUGAAGAGUUUGAAAGAAAAUGGGUGACUACCAUCGAGAAGGCAAGCCUAGAUAACAAUGAUUGGUUAAAAUCAAUAUUUGAGCUACGUUCAAGAUGGGUGCCUGCAUAUGUUAACCAUAUAUUCUCAGCUGGAAUGUCAAGUAGCCAACGUGCGGAAAGCUCCCAUGCAUUUUUCAAGAAAUAUGUUUCGAAGAGAAACUUAUUGAUGGAUUUCAUACGAAGAGUUAGGGGCUGA